AACCUAAAACAAAUUUGUUUGAUAUAGAAGAACCAGAGAAGUAAUUGAAAAGAUUCGUUCUUUUGUACGAAUCGUUCACUCACGAGCCAACAUUACUUCCGUUGACGACACCAUCGACAUGGUGGGCCGUCCUAGUGCCGUUCUGAAGUGCAGCCCAAAAUAUACCUGUGAUCGUCUCGGAAACGCUUCAAAGCGUACGUUUUCCCACCGACUUCCUACUUUUUCACGACCAAAAAAGAUGAUUUAACCUUCCAACGCGGACGGACACAUCACAACAACAAUGGGCGGCGAGAAUGUGAGCCUGGUCUUCAAGCUGUACUGCCUGACAGUGAUGACUCUGGUGGCGGCCGCAUACACGGUGGCUGUCCGCUACACGAGGACUUUCUCGUCCGAGGUUUUGUACUUUUCUACCACCGCCGUGUGUCUCACCGAAGUUAUCAAACUAGUACUGAGCAUUGGGAUGUUGGCAAGAGAAACCAGAAGCCCAAGAAAGCUGCUGGGUGCCAUCAAGGAGUACGUACUGUGCAACCCGAGAGGCUUGCUGAAGCUGAGUGUACCAUCUGUGGUGUACGCGGUCCAGAACAACAUGGCAUUCCUGGCAUUGAGCAACCUCGAUGCUGCAAUUUAUCAGGUGACCUAUCAGCUGAAGAUCCCAUGCACGGCACUGUGCAUGUUCUUGAUGCUGAACCGGACCCUCAGCAAGAGGCAGUGUGUGGCCAUCUUUUUGCUGUUAGUGGGGGUUAUCCUCGUGCAAUGGAAACCCGGAGAUGCCGCCAAAGUCCAAAUUGAGCAAAACCGUCUCGUUGGCUUCAUUGCCAUCAUUAUCGCUGUCGUGUGCUCCGGCUUUGCAGGUGUGUACUUUGAGAAGGUGCUGAAGAGCUCCGACACGUCGCUGUGGGUGAGGAACAUCCAGAUGUACGUGUCUGGUAUCGCCAUUACCUUCAUGGGCGUGGUGGUGACGGACGGCGAGAAGGUCCUAGAAAAAGGCUUCUUUUUUGGAUACACGCCCUGGGUGUGCUUUGUCGUUUUCCUGGCGAGCGUGGGAGGCCUGUACACGUCCGUCGUGGUGAAGUACACCGACAACAUCAUGAAGGGCUUCUCGGCGGCGGCCGCCAUCGUCCUUUCCACCUUGGCGUCCGUCUUCUUGUUUGGAUUGCACAUAACAACCACAUUCAUGUUGGGCGCCACCCUGGUGUGCCUGUCCAUCUAUCUGUACGGCCUUCCAAAGCAGGACGUGUCCACACUCAAACAGGAACAGGCCAACGGAGAGUCCAAACAGAAUUUGGUUACUGUGUGACUUGGCCCACUCACUAUCGGGUCCCUCUUCCACAUGGACUGAGGAGGAGAAAUCCUCCCACCACCCGAGCCAAUAAACUAUUUUUUUUGUG